AAAACUAUUGUCCACACACAUUCCUAUCAAGAACAAAGCUCUAAGUUUGUCUUAACCGUCAUUCAUUCUGCAGAAGAAAGAUCGACAUGGAAAUUUCAGUGGAGAAUGAUAAAGGCACCCAACAAAUUAGAAGCAAAAAGGGUGGCUUCAGAACCAUGCCCUUUAUCAUAUCAAACGAGACAUUUGAGAAAGUGGCAAAUGUGGGGCUACAUGUGAACAUGAUAAUUUACCUCAUGACAGAGUAUAAUUAUGAUGCUGCAACUGGGUCUAUAAUAAUUUUCCUGUGGAACGCCCUCACAAACUUUAUGCCAAUGUUUGGUGCUUUCUUGUCUGAUUCUUACCUUGGACGAUUUCGAGUUAUCAUGUGUGGGACACUUUUCGAACUUCUUGGAAUGAUUGUGCUAUGGCUUACUGCAAUUAUUCGCAAUGCAAGGCCACCACACUGCAACUUUUACACAGAAGCUUGUGCAGGCCCAAGUACAGGCCAAGUGCUGUUUCUAGUUUCAUCACUUGUUCUCAUGGCCAUUGGAGCAGGUGGUAUCAGGCCUUGUUCUUUAGCCUUUGCUGCAGAUCAAAUGAACAACCCAGAAAACCUGAAUAAUGAGAGAAUUAUGAAGAGUUUCUUCAAUUGGUACUAUGUCUCAGUUGGAGUUUCAAUUGCCGUCUCAGUGACAGUUAUAGUUUACGUUCAAAUCAAAACAGGUUGGGUUGUAGGCUUCGGGAUUACUGUGGGCCUCAUGUUAUUCUCCACCUCCAUGUUCUUCUUGGGUUCUCCCCUAUAUGUCAAAACCAAACCAGAAAAGAGCUUGCUCACUGGCUUGGUCCAAGCUGUUGUAGCAGCCUGGAAAAAUAGACAUGCUACACUUCCUCCCAAGGGUUCUGGAGAUUGGUAUUUCCUGGAAGGUGCUAAACUUGUUGAACCUACAGAAAAAUUAAGGUUUUUGAACAAAGCCUGCAUAAUCAAGAACAGAGUGAAAGACUUGGACUCCAAUGGGACCCCAAUAAAUCCAUGGAAUCUGUGCACUGUGAGACAAGUAGAAGAACUGAAAGUACUCAUCAAAGUGAUUCCUAUUUGGUCCACUGGCUUCUUAGUUUCAAUCAUCAUCAACCAAUACACAUUCUUGGUAGUUCAAGCAGGCACAAUGAACAGACAUUUAAUCUUCAACUUUGAAAUCCCAGCACCCAACAUCGCUGUAUUCUCAAUCAUCUCAAUGACUAUUUGGAUAACCAUCUACGAUCGCGUUCUAGUCCCUUUACUGUCAAAAUCAAAACACCCCAGAAUAAGAGGAGGCUUCACUCUCAAGCAAAGAAUGGGAAUAGGUUUAUUUCUCACAGUUUUAGCCACGGCAGUAGCAUCACAAGUAGAGAGAAAAAGAAGAAGCCUUGCCAUUGAAGAAGGAUUAGUGGGAAACCCGAAGGGCGUUGUUAAUAUGUCUGUUUGGUGGCUUGUACCUCAACUCUGCAUAACUGGUUUAGCUGAAGGCUUUAACAUCAUUGCACAGAUUGAGUUCUUUUAUAGUCAGUUUCCUAAGAGCAUGUCAAGUGUUGCUGUGUCAUUCUUCUAUGCUGGCUGGGGUAUAGGCAAUGUGUUGGGCAGUGUUAUUGUGAAGACUGUGAAGAAUUUGACACAGAAAGGAGGAAGGCACAAUUGGCUUGAAUCUAGUCCCAACAAUGGUCACUAUGAUUACUAUUAUGCGCUUCUUACCAUUUUGGGAGUGAUAAAUCUGUUGUGCUUCUUUGUGUGUAGCUGGACUUAUGGGACUACUCAAGAUAUAGGAAAUUGGGAUGAUGAGUUUGACUCAAAUCUACAAUCUAAGAAAGAGGUUGAUCCUAGAAAGAAUUAGACAGGCUGUCAUGUGUAGUUGCCAUAAAAAGAUAGUAUUUUGUUUUGAAUUAAAGAUUGGAGGGUCAAACUUAAAACCCCUCAGCUGCCAACAACAUUGUGGCCUAGUGGCAUAGAAGCUCUUCUGUAAGUGAGAGGUAAUACAUUCGAUCUACUUGUAAUUUUAAGCUAUUAGUAUCUAUUCUGCCCGUUUAAUUCGGGGGAAAACCUCAUAAAAUAGAAUUAAAAGAAAUAGGAUGAAGGUUAUUGUAUAUAUUAUUAUCACGUUGUACUAAAGACACAAUCUAUAGUUGUUUCUCUUGUGGAAGAAAUGCAUAGAUGUUUUAU